AUGAAGCAACGGUUUGACCAGUCAAAACGAACCAGGAGAUUAACAGCUGUCCUUGGUUUGGCAACACUCAUAUCUGCCUUUGGCUCAUCCUUCCAGUACGGAUACAAUGUCGCAGCGGUCAACUCACCAUCACCUUUCAUACAACUGUUUUACAACGCCACCUACUUGGAACGUUAUGGCAGACCGAUGGAGGAGAACUUCCUAACUCUGCUGUGGUCUCUGUCUGUAUCCAUGUAUCCCCUGGGUGGCUUUUUGGGCUCUCUGAUGGUGGCUCCUCUUGUCAACAAACUGGGGAGGAAGGGCACCCUCCUCUUCAACAACAUCUUCUCUAUCAUUCCUGCUGUCAUGAUGGGAGUGAGUGAAAUCGCCAAAUCCUAUGAGAUCAUCAUUCUGGCUAGAAUCCUAGUGGGUAUCUGUGCAGGUCUGUCAUCCAAUGUGGUACCUAUGUAUUUGGGUGAACUUUCUCCAAAGAACUUGAGGGGAGCGACUGGCAUCAUACCUCAGCUCUUCAUCACCAUUGGCAUCCUCAGUGCCCAGGUGCUAGGCAUCAGGAAGAUACUGGGCAACAGCACAGGCUGGACCAUCAUGCUGGGUCUGACAGGUAUCCCUGCCCUCAUAGAGUUACUGCUGCUGCCUUUCUUCCCAGAGAGCCCCAGGUACAUGCUGAUCCAGAGAGGAGACGAGAAGAAGGCCAGGAAAGCACUGCAGCGGCUGCGUGGCUGGGAGGAUGUCGACGAGGAGUUGUGGGAGAUGCGUCUGGAGGACCAGUCAGAGCGGGCCGAGGGCCGCCUGUCUGUCCUCACCCUGCUCUCUCAGCACUCCCUGCGCUGGCAGCUGGUCUCCAUCAUCAUCAUGAACAUGGGACAGCAGCUGUCUGGGGUCAACGCGAUCUACUACUAUGCAGAUAGCAUCUAUGCCUCUGCAGGAGUCAAUGAGAAAGACAUUCAAUACGUAACAGUGGGAACCGGAUCGGUGAAUGUCCUCAUGACCAUAGCCGCGGUCUUCAUAGUGGAGGCCCUGGGACGACGGCUGCUGCUCCUCAUUGGUUUUGGGAUCUGCUGUGGAGCAUGUGUACUACUCACUAUAGCCCUCAAUUUACAGGAGAAUGUGUCUUGGAUGCCCUAUAUCAGCAUAGCAUGUGUCAUCACCUAUGUAAUAGGACAUGCCAUUGGGCCAAGUCCCAUUCCUUAUGUGAUGACCACUGAAAUGUUCAGGCAGUCAUCCAGACCAGCUGCCUUCAUGGUGGCAGGGUCUGUUCACUGGUUGUCCAACUUCACUGUUGGCCUGGUCUUCCCCUUCCUUGAGAGAGGCCUUGGCCCCUACAGCUUCAUCAUUUUUUCCAUUGUCUGCCUCGCCACACUGGUCUACAUUUGGCUGGUGGUCCCUGAAACCAAGAGCAAGACCUUCCUGGAGGUCAGCCAGAUGUUCACAAAGAGGAACAACGUGGCGAUCAAGCUGGGCGAUGGGGAUUGGCCACUGAAAGAGGGUAAAGAGGAUGCAAUAAGGGUCAGUGCCUUCUGAAGAA